AUGGCACCCAGUUACACUCUCUACGGAUGCCCCAACACGGCAUCGACCGGUAUCCACUGGCUCCUCAUCCACCUCGAGCAGACGCAGGGCAUCAAGUUCGACUUCUCCGAAAUCAACCUUCCCCAGGGUGAUCAGAAGACCGAGGAGUACGGUCAGAUCAACCGGAAGCGGCGAGUGCCAACCCUCGUCGCGCACCCCUCCACCGGUGCCAGUGUGACGGUCACCGAGACGGGUGCUUGUGCCCUCGUCCUUGCCGAGGAGCACCCGCAGGCCCGCCUCAAGCCAGCACUUGAUGCGCCCCUGGCCGAGCGCGCUGCGUUCGACGAGGCGUUCAUCUUUGUCGUCAACAGCAUCCUCCCCGCCCUCCGCGACUGGAUGUAUGCCGACAAGGAUGGCGCCCCACAGUACGCUCACGGUAUUCGGUUGCUCACCCUCGACCGCCUGAAGAUGAUGUACGGCGUCCUCGACCACCUCCUUAUGGAGCGCAAGUACCUCGCCGGUAGCCGGCCCACUAUUGUCGACUACAUCUUCUGCGCCACCAUGAGCUGGGACGGGUUUAUCUACGCGCUGAGCCGCAAGUUCCAUCACAUCCGGCGCUUCGACGACGAGAUGCGCGCCGAGAAGAGCUUCAAGGAGCUUGAAAAGCGCGAACAGAUCACCAUCAGCCCCAUCAAGGACUGGGAGGAGCCGUACCUCACCCUCUCGGCGCAGCUUUAG